AUGAGUGUAAAUUUAAUUUUAAAAUGCUUGUAUGUAUAUUUACUGUUAUACAGUGGAUGGAAUCUUGUAGAAUCUGCACCUCCAAUCCCUCAAAGACGAGUAAAUCCACCUCCAAUAAAUUUACUUACAGUAGAUGUUAGUUAUAAACAAAAUAGUAACACAGUAAUAUAUACAAGGGACGAAAAGAAUGAUGUUGAGCAGUUUGAGGCCAAAUCUGAUUAUGUAAUUAAGAAGGUCUUAAACGAUGGUCAAUUUAUAUGGGAAGCUACGCCUGAUAACUAUGCAAAAAAACUACUCGUAAGGAAGGACGAAAACGGAGAGCCGAAACUCACGAUAUACUACCACCAACCAAUUCCAAGCCCUGCAGCUUUCAAGACGCAACAAAGAUACGACAACGCUUCGCAAAAAUUUCAGCCCGGAUCACUCGAUACAUAUCCAUACGGACCAUAUCCAGCACAUGUGUUUUCAGGACAGGGCGGAUAUGGCCUUUUUGGUGCUCAUCCAGGGUAUCCUUAUGGAGCCUAUGUACCUGGAGCACCAGGAGAAAUCAGCAGAACACCAGUAAUUAACGCUGCAACACCUGUGGUCGUGGUGCCUAAGAGGGAGGCGUCGAAAUUCAAAGUUUCGGAUUACAAGAGAGGUAAAAACGUAAUUUCAUUUACUUUAACAGAUAAUGAGGGAUCCGAUGGAGACAAGUCGCAGACCGCCGAAGGAUCGAAACGCCGAGGAAGUCGCUCUAGGACAAUUGGCGAGGACGAGGAGAUUGAUGUGGUGGAGGAGCUGGUGAGUUCAGACGAGAACAAGGAUAAAAAGGACGAGAAGGAGGGAGCAAAGUCCGCCGACCCAUUUGUUACUGUUCAAGACGCCCGUGGCGCUGGAGCCUCCGCUGAGCCUCGUGGAUCCAAACACGAGCCUCGAGGGGCCGCAGCCAGUCUUGAUUCCAGUAAAGUAGACAAUGCGGUCCUCAAAGACCUCAUUGAUCUUGUGAAAGCUCUUAAAAAUGAUGUAGAUUUAAUUAAAGCGACCCUCAAGACGAAAGAUGUCAACACGUCGAAGCUGACGGGAAUGGCAACACAAAAUCAGGCAUCUGUGCCUUCGCUCGUUAAGGAGUUCAGCGCAUCUGGUGACACGAACACCAUCAAGAUGUAUGCAUUUGGACCAGAAGGCGAAGGAGACGGGGGUGUCGACGGAGGCCAGUAUGGCAACAAGGUGGUCCUGACGGUGGGAGACCACUCGAACGUGUUCUUUCUGGACGGAAACAGUAACACGAUGUCAGUGACCACUUCAAGGCGCGACCACGACUCAGAUGAUGAGGAAGAAGGGGCAGCAGCAGCCGAGGGAGGAGCGGCAGCACAGGAUGUGUACGUGAACAAGAGUGUCCCGGGUGGAGUGGGCACGCUGAGGGGAACUAUUCCGCCCCACAGCAAUGUAUUCAUAGGUGGAAAGGGGGUGCCAUCACCAGUAGUGAUGCCAGGUGUGCAGCACACACCGAUGACCCCAAGCACAGCGACGACAGCUGGCAAGGUAUCGCCAGGGUCUUCCGAGGACGGAGGGCCCGAGCCAUCGCAUAAAGCAGUGCCAGUCACAAAGCCAGCAGCAGGUCCUGCAGGAGCCCCAUUGGCAACUGCAACUCCAGCUGCAGUUUCAGCGCCAAUGCCUCCUGUAACUCCUGUCACGCCGGUGACCCCAGUGACACCUGUGACACCAGCAGGACCUGCAUUUGCGUCCCCAACGACUCCAGCAAGUUCUGCUACUAAAUCCGCGAAAGAGUUAGACGACGAGCGCAAUGAAGAAAGUGAUGAUGACCUAAAGGUAUCUAACAUUUAUGGAACAGUUAAAAAGGAAGAGGAGGGCGAAGAUAAAUCAGAAAAGAAACCGGUUGUCGUGGAGGAAGUGGCUGCUGUACCCAAAACACCAGUAACUCCAGCCAUGGUACCUGGUGCACCUAUUGCUACGCCUCCUACAGGAGCUCCUAUAGUGCCCGGAGCACCAAUACCCAUUACACCAGGUGCAGGACUUCCAAUCGCUACACCAGCUGGGCCUAUCCCUGUGUCAGGAGCCUUAGGAAGUGACACACCAGUUGUUGCACCACCUCCUUUUGUCCCAGGACCUCCAGGAACAACUCCACUAGGUCCAUUACCAGCAGCAGGGGCGCCUCUUCCUCCACCUGGUACUCCACUUCCACCUGGCGCACCAAUCACACCUGGCGCACCUCUCCCAGCUGGAACACCACUAGCAGGACCUAUUACUGUAACAGGGGUCCCACUGGCUGGGCCUCUACCAGCUCCCACAAUAGGAGCACCAAUACCUGCUCCCACAAUGGGUGGACCAAUUCAGGCGCCCACUUUAGGUGCACCAAUACCAGUUGUAGCUCCCCCACCAAUUUCAGCUCCACUUGCUGGACCAGUCGCAGGAGCUCCGUUACCCCCGCCACCUGGUCCCGCAGUACCAGGAGCUGGAACACCCUUACCACCUCCACCUGCCCCAGCACCACCAGGGACUUCGGGAUCUGGAUUUCCCACUCCAGAAUCUACCCCUACUACACCCAUGUCUGGAGGACCAACACCGUCAGCAGAAGCCGAUACUGCCGGAACAGAUUAA